UUUCACUUCGACACUAUGCAUCUCACAAAUACGUCGGUGAUACUAGCAGCUUUGCUGAGUGUUGUAUGGGCAAAGGCAAAGGCACAGUACACAGAAAAGGAAGCUCCAGCUUUCCUUAAGAAAGUUAAUGCAAAUUUGAAACACCUAGAAAGUACUUCAAAAUACAAGGAGUGGGAUUACAAAACGACCCUGACAGACCAAGCAGCCAAGGAUCUGGCAACAGCAAAAGAAAACUACAACCUCUACUUAGCCAGCGUGUGGCCGGAAGCAUCUAAGUUUCCCUGGAAGUCUUUCUCAGACCCUGUUUUGAAAAGACAGUUCUUCUAUCUGUCACAACUGGAUGAAGCAGCAAUAAGUCCUGAUGACAGAACCAAGCUGUCUGAUGUGAUAAACAACAUGUUGAAUGUUUAUGGGACAGCAAAAGUGAGAGAGUACAAAUCGACCAAUACGGAAGCAACUUUGAACUACAAUGACGUGUCACCAAAGUUCCCUGAGGACUUCUUGGACGCUUGUGAAAUGUCCUUCUACUGGGAAGGAUGGCACAACACUGUCGGAAGAGCAGAAAAACCUUACUUCCAGCAGUACGUGGAACUGAUCAAUAAAGUUGCCCAAGCAAACAAUUUUACCGACAACGCAGCUCGUUGGCAAUCCAAAUUCGAGACAGAAAACUUAGAACAAGUCUGUGCAGACUUGGCGACUCAGAUCGACCCAUUGGUGAAACAAGUUCAUGCUUACGUUCGGAGGAAACUAUGGGAAGCUCAUGGCAAAGACUCCAGCAUAAUCGACUUAGAAGGACCAAUACCUGCUAGUCUACUUGGAUCUAUCUGGGGGAUGGAUGGCAUCAGCAUCUAUAGCAUCACAGCUCCCUUCCCAGAUGUUCCUUCUGUAGAUGUAUCACCCCAGCUGAAAGCACAGAACUACACUGGUCUGAAGAUGGCUAAGACAGCAGAAAAGUUCUUCUUGUCUCUGGGCUUGAGCAAGAUGACAGAAAAGUUUUGGAAGGAUUCAAUCUUUGAGAGACCAGCUGGUGUUGACAUUGAUUGUGAUGAGGAGUCAUAUGACUUCUACAAUGGCAGAGAUUACAGGAUAAAAUACUGCACUAUUCCUACUCUGGAAGACUUAGGAGGAAUUCACCACGAGAUGGGAACGAUUGAAAACUUCAUGGCAUGGAAGGACUUGCCUUAUUUGCUCCAGAGAUCGCCUAAUGAAGGUUUCACAGACUCCCUGGGAGAAUUGCUGAACCAGUAUGUUACUUGCCCCACUCACUUGAAGUCCCUUGGUCUGUUAGACGCUAACUGGCAAUCAGACAAAAAACAGGAGCUUAAUUACCUUCAACAGCAAGCCUUGUACGACAUCCUGUUCUUGCCUUACGCCUACAGUCUGGACUUGUGGCGUUGGAGAAUAUUCCAGGGAAAAAUUACUCCGGAAAACUACAACUGUGAAUACUGGAACAUCAGGUCUCAACUUCAAGGGGUUGCCCCACCUGUAGAUCGUGGACAACAAGAUUUUGACGCCGGCGCAAAACAUCAAGUUGACAACGACGAGGAAUACGUAAAAUACUUCUUGAAUGUGAUUCUUCAAUACCAGCUGCACCGUGCACUCUGUAUAGAGGCUGGCCAGUUCGAUCCUAACAAUCCCGACUCAAAACCGCUUUACUUGUGUGACAUAUCUGGCAACCAGGCAGCCGGGGAGAAACUUAAACAAAUGAUGUCGCUGGGAGCCUCUAAAACUUGGCAGGAUGCCUUGGAGAUUAUCACAGGACAAAGGAAAAUAGAUGCUACUGCACUACUACAAUUCUUCCAACCCCUCUACGAUUGGCUGAAGGCAGAAAAUGAGAAAAACAAUGAAAAAAUUGGUUGGACCUCAGGGAAAGUCAAAUUCUGUGAAAAAGAAGUAUCCCCUGGUACUGGUCCAUGCAGAUAUUGAUGUACUGAACGCAUAAACAUAACCUCAUUAUCUGUUUAAAUUUUAAAAACUUCUUAUCAAGUACCAA